AAAACAUUUGUAGCCAAUUUUGACUGUGGAAUCUGACGGAUGUAUAAUAAAAAACUGUGGAAACCGGUGGGUGGGGGUUGUCAAACUUGGAUUACCGUACUUCAUGACUAUGCCUGGCCCAGUUUCCCGGCCCGCUUCAACUCAGUUCCUGUAACUUUAGCUAGGGACGCAUCCAGGUUAGAGGCACUGGGAUGGCGGAGAAGAGCCCUGACUUAAGCGGCUCAGUUGACCAGUGUCCCGCCCUGUCUCCGGAACAGAGAAUGCAAUCACCUGGGAUCGGGGCAUCCAAAUGGGUCCGUCUGAAUGUCGGUGGGACAUACUUUCUCACUACGAGGCAAACGUUGUGCCGAGACUCAAAAUCGUUCCUGUACCGUCUGUGCCAGGCCGACCCCGACCUCGACUCUGACAAGGAUGAAACGGGUGCCUAUUUGAUAGACCGGGACCCAACGUACUUUGGUCCAGUGCUCAACUACCUGAGGCAUGGGAAACUGGUGCUCAAUAGAGGCCUUGCAGAGGAAGGUGUACUGGAAGAGGCUGAAUUCUACAAUAUCCCUUCUUUGAUCAGGCUAAUUAAAGACAAAAUCAGGGAGAGGGACUGCAAAACAGUUCAGCUCCCUAUAAAACAUGUCUACAGAGUAUUGCAGUGCCAAGAAGAGGAGCUAACACAAAUGGUUUCCACCAUGUCAGAUGGUUGGAAGUUUGAGCAGUUGGUCAGUAUUGGCUCCUCAUAUAACUAUGGAAACGAAGACCAGGCAGAGUUCCUGUGUGUUGUCUCUAAGGAGCUACAUAACCAGUCAUACGGCACAAGCAGUGAACCAAGUGAAAAGGCCAAGAUUCUUCAAGAACAAGGCUCUCGAAUGUGAAGAGGCUGUUCAGUUCUUAGGAUUGCGUCCUGCUAUGAUGUCCAGAUAUAAAGACACAAACUACAUCACAUUCUGAGGAGCGUUAUGGCACGCUGAAGAAGCUGGCUAACUGCAGUCUAUACAUUGUACACACCAUUUUUCUUUCAGACAUCAAAUCAAAAUGUGCAAUCGAUAGCAUUACUUGGUUUUGGGGCCUACAUAGUAAAACUGGACUGUAGAUUUUCACACAGAGAGAAGGGCCUUAUCACUUAUCAUAUUGUCCACAGCAUUUAAACUUGGUCCAUCAUUUACUCAGGGUCUCUAAUAGUGUUUUGGAAGAUGCAUUAGGUGUGCACUGUCUGGUGGGACAUUAUUUCAAACAUCUGUGCGUACUACAUUAUGCCAGUCCUUCACAUACAAAAAUCAAACCUCUGAGAAAUUAAUUGGAAAGCAUGUUUUAAAAGUUAAAUAUUUAAGACUAUUUAUAUGGAGUUGUAUAGAUUCAUACUGUCUUGUUAGAGGCGAAGACUGUAUUGACAGUUUAUUUAUUUUUUACAUAUCUUUAAACCAAUUAUUUAUGUCCCCUUCCAAAUAUCCCUUCAACCUGCACAUGAUCAGUUUUCUGGAAGGAGGACAUUCUUAUUACUACUUCUACCAGGGUUCUUGUAUGAUAAUGAGGUUGAAGUGAUGUUAGGGAAUGCCAGAUGUUAAAGGACUAAAACUUGUCUUCCAUCCCUGGACUCUGGCGUGUUUUAGUUGGGUUACCUGUUAGGCAGCCACUAUGGAACUGGAACACAUUGUUAUAUUUUAGAGGACAUUAUACCUAGAGCCAUUUGAUAGGCACAUUUUUUUUCACAUUGACAUAUGACAUUGACUGUUAUUGGCUGGUGUUGCAAAGGGCCUGUUUUCCAUUUUACGUGAGAAAGAAAAGCAUUUUUGUCUCUUGCAUGAAUUAGUGCAUAUCUGCUUGUUUGUGUGUGUAUACACAAUCCUUACGCUUCUGCGGUUUGACUAUAUUGACCUUUGACAGGGCUGUAUACCAAGCAAAAUUACACCAAACUGGCAGUUUUCAAUCAUACAAGUUCUAAGAUAAAAUGCUUUGGUCAUGUACUGAUGAAAAGAUUGGAUAUUAUAAUCGGUAGUCAUUACCAUGGUUCAAUUUGUAGAUGGUUGAGCUACUUAUUGAAUACAUUAACAUUGUCAGUAUAUGAAAACAUUUCUUUUGGAAAAUGUUGCCUUUGUUCAAUGACCAAAUCAAUGUCUGAAUUUCAACUUUAAUCUGAAUUUCUUUUGUCAGGGAUAAGGAAAUUCGGUAGUCUACAUGCAUAUCUAUGAGGAGUUGUACGUAGAGAAAGUAUAAUAAUAUUCAGAUGUGUUAUCAGUGUAUGCUAUUUCUUCCUAACACACACAGGGCUUUAACUAGUGGAAUACAAGCUAUAAUCUCUGUAAAGGUCAAUUGGACCCCUCCUGUUGCCUGAUCAAGGUAAAG